AAAAUUUUUCACAAAUUAGAUACAAGACAUGGAACAAGAUUCUUCUGAUGAUGAUUCAGAAAAACCACCAAAAUCUCACAGUCCACCACCACAACCACCAAAAGAAGCUCCUCCACAGCCACCACCACUUCCUCCACAACCUGAUCAAGUCAUUAUCAGAAAGGAUUAUAAUCCUAAAGUGACUGCCAAGGUUCAGCCAACAACAACAGAACAGUAUCUCAUAUCUCCAAUUACAGGAGAAAAAAUACCAGCAGAUAAGAUGCAAGAACAUAUGAGAAUUGGUAAGAAAAUUUUGUUGUUAUUAAUUAGAGAGAAAACUCAAACUGAUGCCUGAACAGGAUUUUAUUAA